AAAACCCAUUUAAUUUCAAAAUUAGUAUAAAAAUGUGUACUUGAUAAUGUUAAAGAAUAUCUUCCAAAUUAGAGUUUAGUACUUCGUUCGCUGUAGGUCUUGACAAUCAAACUGAAAUUGGAUUGAGUGUGGAUGUGGCUGUGGCUCCGACCCUUUGACGUCUUGCAGAUAUUAAAUUGAAAUGCCCUCGGUUGAGGUGAGCGUGCGCCAGGGAGCCGCCUUUCUGGCCCUGUACGUGCUGCUCCUGGCCGCUCUGGUCCGUCCGCAGAUGAACUUUAGUAUUUUCGUGGACUCGUUCUUCCUGCGGGUCAAGUACUCGGCGGUGAUGGUGCUGAGCUACCGCUUCGACACCUACAUGGCCUUGGCCGCCGCCCCACUCAGUGCCGUCACCGUUUUCGCCCUCUCCAAGUGGAAUGAGCGGUGCGAGAAUCCCUCCUCCCACAAGCUGAUCAUCACUGGCGUGGCCUGCUUCUAUGUCCUGGUGCUGUUGGCCAAUGUCCUAGCCAACGGAAUGGUCAUGCAGCAGGCGCUCAUCCGAUUCGACCAGUGUCCCUAUAGGGCGUGGUACAUGUAUGGCCAAAUGGCGAUGUCCUUCAUCAAGUCAGCGAUUGCGGACGUUCAGGAACUAGUCACAAGACAGCACCACCGACGACCCAGGCUGAUAUAUCGUAUGCAUUAG